CAUGUGCUCUUUGAGAAAUUGCCUGAUUUCUCAUGCCAUGUUAGCCAGAGGGUAACGUUGAUAUCUAACACAAGACUACCUCCAUUAAGUGUCUGCAGUUGUGCAGCAGACUUUUGCAGUACCUUAAUUUUCGGACGACAUUGUUAAGAGGUGGCAUAACACACGUAAACAUCGACUGUAUCAGACAACGUGGCCUGGGUCACGAAAGAGCCAGUUUGACCUGUGGAUCAAUUGAUAACAAUUUAAUUGUUUUGAAGGUAGUGUAUGCAAUAUGCCAGUCAUAAAUCCGUAUAUAUAGGAAACCUUUCGUAGGUUGCCAAGUUAAUUGACACAAGCCAGUGCUAAUUUUCUAGUUCUAAUGGACCAGACUUAUUGCAUAUGGUCAUGAUCUAAAUCGAGGCUGCAGCCUGGCGUGACAAUUUAUUAGAGGUGUUGUUUACCAAUAAAUUUGCAUCAUUUUCGAUAACUUGUUUUUCUGACACUGAUGUCAGAUUAUUAGUUAUAACUGUUAUUGCUGAGAUAUAUUUGUGCACGUGUUUGAACGUCACGACGUGUAUAUUGAGGUCGUGAGUAAUAAACAGCUGUUCAACAAUGGCUGCGGCCGUUGGGACCACGACGAGGAGUGAACAUUUUCAAUCAGACUCUACAGAAAUGCAGAAUACGGAGAGUACAAGAAAGUCUUCUGAAGAAAACCCAGAUAAAAAUGUUUCCCAACCCCAGCCGCCCACGCCAGACUGUUCAGAUCCUGGGGCACCAGAAUCAAAUGAGGGGAAAAAAGACUCUGAUGAUAAAUCUCAGUCAAAGGUCAAGAAAUUUGACAAGAAGAAUUUCGUUGAGGCACCAAUUCCAAAAACCAAUCCAUGGAACAAAGGAAAGAGUCAGGCAGUUCCAACACCCAAACCAGUGCCUGUAGCACCGGUAGUGAAAGCACCAGUUCCAGUGUCAGUCGCACCUGUACAAGCCCCAGCCAUUAAGAAAGAAAUUGUGUCCUUGGAGUCCAAAUCUGUCAAUGUAACAGCAGAACCUACUGAGACUAUUAAACCACGAGUAACCACACAGAAAUCAUUGCCAUUAAGUGAUGAAAACUGGCCAGCUCUCCAUGAAACCACAGAGUCUCCUGGCACAAAAAAACCUGUACCAAUGAAAUCACUGCCAGGCCUACCACAGGCACAACAGCCCCCUCCUACCCAGCAGGCACCACCCACACAAGUAGAUUCAGGGGGAGAUGACUCUGCUAAAGAAAAUAAAGAAAAUGCAGAGGGACAGAAAACAAAGAACAGGAAAGGAAAGAAAGAGUCAAAACAGAAGUGGGUUCCUUUGGACAUAGAGCCUCCAAAAUCUGGAAGACGAAGUCGAAGUCAGGGGAGGCUACCCCCACGUCGGGAAUCCGGCAAAGCCCAGGAGAGGACAGCCAAAGGAGGCGACAAGAGGGAAGAAGUCAGAGGAGAAAACAGAGCUGAUCAUUCUAAAAACUGGCGGGAUGACAUGAGGCCCCUGAGUCCACGUGAUAGUCGAGGGGGCUACGGGAACUUUAACCGGAGGGGAGGACGAGGAGGAAGGGGUAGAGGCAGAGGGCGUGGAGGAGGCAGGAGUAGGGGUGUAGAGCCUAAUGUGGAAAACUUCACAGGUCAGGACUUUAAAUACUUCUACGAUGAACAGUAUUAUGUAGAUCAACCACAGCCCAGUGUUGUGAGCCCAGCUGCAGGUUUUGGCACAGUCUAUUUCAACACUCCUUAUGUCGAUGACAGCACUCUCAAGGAUUUCAUAAAGAAACAGAUAGAGUAUUACUUCAGUGAAGAAAAUUUACAGAAGGAUUUCUUCUUGCGACGACGAAUGUCUACAGAAGGAUGGCUCCCUAUCAGCCUCAUAGCAGGUUUUCAUCGAGUGCAGAAUCUGACCCGAGAUAUUCAGGUCAUAAUUGAUUCUGUUGCUGACAGUACUGCUGUGGAGAUUUCAGAGGAUAGUUUAAAGAUGCGAUGUCGUGUAAACCCUGAAAAAUGGCCUCUGGAAGGGCCACCACUUGAUCUAAGUGUAUCCUCGACUCUGCAUGCAGAUGUGCCAGAAUUUGUCCCUGGCCAGGCCUACACUGUACCCUCAAAUCUACCUAGUCUAUAUAAUACUAGUGCCACUAAAUCUGAGGAGAGUGAUGACCAUAAGAUGUAUGACAGUAACGUCACCGAUUCGACAACUCGGGAUGAUGAUUUCAGCUUCAUGGCUCUUGGACUCAGCACAGGCCUGCUCUCCUCCAGCGCUCCUCAACUUCAAGGUGACUGGCGGGAGGUCAAACGGAAAACGAGACCACCUAAAAAGUCAGAUGACAAGAGGAGUGAAAUGGACACAUCUGUUGACAAAGACGAAAAAGAGGAACUGGACUUCAUGUUUGAUGAGGAAAUGGAGGAACUAAAUAUUGGACCACGGCGAAACAACUUCACAGAAUGGUCUGAUGACGAGUCUGAUUAUGAGAUCUCCGACAGUGAAGUUAACAAGAUCUUGAUAGUGACCCAGACACCGCCAUCCCUACGGCGCCACCCCCAGGGUGACCGUACAGGAGACUACACACCUCGCUCUAAAAUCACUAGUGAAAUGACAAAAGUGAUCAACGAUGGUCUCUUCUACUACGAAAAGGACCUUAUUGAUACGGAGGAUGACUUCAAGAGUUUCAAGACGGUGAACAUGAUAAGUAAAGAAGAGUUUGACAGUAUGACACCUUCACAUGUGACAACAUCCAAACAGACUCCUCCACCUCCACCUCCCCCAGUCUCUAUUCAGUCAGAACAUAAAAAAGUGCCACAACCACCAGUCUCUCAACCUAGUCAUCCUGACAUUGCCCGCUCACUGCCUGCAUAUGUCCCCAACACACCAGGCGCCGGUAGUCGUACACCUCGUAGUCGGAAAGAGGACACAGCACCACGUUUCUACCCAGUGAUGAAGGACUCCACAAGACCACCAGAUCCUCAGACGCCACGUAAAUGGAAGACGAAACACUCUAGUAAUCCCCCGGUGGAAAGCCAUGUUGGCUGGGUCAUGGAUGCCACCGAGCACAGACCACCACGAUCACACAACAAUUCAAUGUCUCAGAGUCCAACAGACAGUGCACUGUCAACAAGUUAUGGCAGCUACAGUUCAACUACUCAUGCAUUCCCCAAUUUCCAGCAUCCAUCACAUGAACUGCUGAAAGAGAACAACUUUGUCUGGCAUGUCUACCAUAAAUACCACGCAAAGUGUCUGAAGGAACGCAAGAAAGUUGGUAUUGGCCUUUCACAAGAGAUGAACACUUUGUUUCGAUUCUGGUCUUUCUUCUUGCGACAGCAUUUUAACAAGAAAAUGUACCAGGAAUUUAAAGCUCUGGCAGUAGAGGAUGCCAAGUCUGACUACAGGUAUGGGCUGGAGUGUUUGUUCCGAUUCUUCAGCUAUGGGUUAGAGAAGCGGUUCAAACCUGACCUUUUCCAGGAUUUCCAAGAGGAAACAAUAAGGGAUUAUGAAAGCGGUCAGCUGUAUGGACUUGAGAAAUUCUGGGCCUACCUGAAAUAUACCCGCAAACAUGUAGAUGUGGAUCCCAAAUUGCGUGGCUGGUUGUCCAAGUACAAACGCCUCGAGGAUUUCAAAGUAGAUAAUGUUGAGGAGCAGAAAGGAGCUCGAGGACGCCAGAGACACGUUUCAGGUCCUCGGGAAAGGCAUUUAUCAGGCUCCAAAGGGUCCAAAGGCCAAUCUCACAGUGGCAAGCAUGGCCUCACACGACAAACUUCUCGCGAAUCCAGCCAUUCACAUAGUGCGAAAACAGACUCAAAUAGCCAAUCACAGACAUCAAAGCAUAGUUCAUCAGAUAACAGCCAAUCACAACAAGUGACACAAAAAGUUGAUAGCAUUGUGAAAGAGGCUGUGUCAACUGGGAAAGCAUGAAACCUACAAAAUUGGACAAUAUGACUUUCAGACACGUUUUUAGUGAAUAACAUUACCAGAGAAAGCCUGGUAUUGAAACUUUGAAAUAUUUGGAAUCCAUUAUCUUCAAAGAAAAUUAUUUAAAUCUGGAUAUUUUCUGGGUAAAGAAAAACUCUUUAGGUUAUAUUCAUAACCAUAAACAACAAAAAGAUAAUUGCCUUGAUGGAUUAUCUGAUGGACUUAAUCCAAUUGUGUCCCAAGGGCAUACUUUGGAUUUAAAAGGCAGUGAUUGCACUACUGUCGGCUCACAAAACAGUAUCAGUGUGUUUAACGUGUCCUUACAUCAGCAUAUUUAGUUGAUUGCAGCAAAGCAGACAUAGCUGGAUUAAAUGGGAAAAACUGAUGCUGUUAUUAAUGCUAUUAGUGUCGAGUCAUGCUCAACAUUUUUGGAGAUUGCAUGCAUCAUCCGGCUGACCCCCCAUUGAACCUCACCCAGCUUUUUCCUCUACAAGGAUACACAUCACCUUAGAUAACUGGUGACUGAUGCAGAUCUUCCGGUGUUUUAGGCCGUUUAUUUGGUGUUUGAUGGCACAGACAUACAAUAAAUGUUUAUGAUCACGUGGUGACAUGGUUUCCCAACAAACAAUCUGUGAUUAUCUCAUUAAUUCAUUGGGUAUUUGGCGUAAAGAUGUAUCCAUUAAGUUUUGUAUAAAGUCUUAUAUAAAUAUAUAUACACAUACAUCAUACCUAGUAGUCAUAGUUAGCAUGUGUAAAAAAUCAUACUGGUUUUAUCGGCCAAGGAAUAUCAUUAGUCCAGAUCUUUUAGCAACUCAGAGUAUACAAAUUAGAGGAAAACUGGGAAAAAAAAUAUUGGCUAGAUUGGGUCUUUUAACCAAACACAUGAACUUAUAUAGGUUUAAAUUAAUACUUAAAUUUCCUAAUUAAUUCAGAUGUAAUGGAAUAUCUGUAUUUCAUUGAUGAGAAAAAAUAUUAAUUGGUUUACAUAGGUGUUCCUUCAAGAGUCGUUUUAUUGAUAUAACUGUGGAAUCUUAAAGACCAAUACCGAUUUUAUUGUUUUAACAGUUCAUGAAAUUUCUGUUUUUCCUACCAAUUAUUGAAGUUUUCUUUGUUAAUGAAGGAAAUUGUUGAUAUUUUACAUAAUCCGAAACAACAUUCUAAAUGCGCAGUUUCUAGGGCAUUCAAGUGCUAAUCAUACACUUGUUUCAGUAAAUAGAGUUUUUAUGUUUUUACAAUCAAGUGCAUUCGGUUCCAGCUAACAGUUUUCCCUGAAUUCCUUGUAUACAUUUAUUUAUUUAUUGUUACCAUUGAUUACUGAUUUUUUUUCUUACAAAUUUUCACAUGUCUUUGUGCCCAAAUUUUGAAAUGAAUUUCAUUUGUGGAGACACUGACUUAAAAGACUGUGCCAAGGAAUUGUAGACGACCACGUCUCAAAAUAGUGCUGCUGAAUUAUGGCUAACAAGUCUCUACAAUGACAUUAUAGUCAUGUUACAUAUCUGAUUGGUAAAUUUAUCUCAGUUGUACAAUAACUAUUAUCAUACCCAGCAUUAUGAGGAUAGCAGUCCUGAGUACAGAACAAUGCUCUAGGGUCUACAGAUAUCAUAUCUAUGUUCAAGUUUGAAAUUGCAUUUAUCUGUUGGUCUUCUAGCCGAGGCUUGUAAGCCAGCUUGUGUAAAAACUAGUCAUAUGAUAUGUACCAAUUUAUGUUGGUGAACAGUCUGCACAGCUGGUUGAAAGCCGUCAUAACUUCACACUAGGAUAAUGAAGAAAAAAAAUGCAAGUAAGAAGACAGUCCAAAAACUCAAUUCACAUGAUUUGGAAUAGAUUAACCAGUGCUUGUUUUUUAUCACGUUACUAUUGAUAUACCAUAACUUGUGUUCAUAUCAAAUUAUGAUAAGGGUAGUCAUCACAAGUUACCUUGAAGUCAUGUGAUUGACCUGUAGAAACCACAUGUCAUAUGAUAGUCAUGUGACCAUCUAACCUGUUAGUUAUCAAGUCACUUGACAGUCUAACCUAUUGUAUCAUGAGUCAGCUGAUAGUCAUGUGAUUGACCUGUAGUAUCAUUAUUCACCUUGCAGUCAUGUGAUCUUUACAAAUUACAAGUCAUUUGGUAGCCAUGUUAUCAAGACAAAUGUAGAAAUCACUAACUUGUGAACAGAUGAGAUAUUAGAUACUACAGGUUGAAGUCACUCGAAGUCAUUGCUUUUCCUUGAUAAAAGGACAGACUUUCAUUUCUUUGACCAAAAGUUAACAAAGACCUGUUAAAACCAAUCAUAUCUAUAGUACUGUCUGUUAUUUUGGACAUUUUUACACAUGUUAAAUACUUUUAUGCACCUGUUAUUCACAUGAUACUGUUAGUUGCACCCUUUUUACUUACCAGUUUCCAUGUAUGUCUGACCUUUGACCCUUACCUAGCAAUCAUGUCAGCCUAACAUUUGAACCUUCUUGAUUGACGUUUGAACCUACCUUAUAAAUACCAUCCAACUAUAUACCAAACUUCUGCUUUUGUUUGCUCUAUUCUGAAAGUAUCCCUUCCAUAACUGAAACCGUUCAAAAUUAUCAGUUGUUUUGUCAUACGUUUGAUCUCACCACUAUUUUUGUAUAUGAGUUGAAAUUUUAUAUAUCAUAGAAUAUUUUGUCUUUAUAAAAUUUGAUGGUUUUCACAUUUAAAUUCUUCUCCUUCACAACACUAAUUUACUCUUUAUUUUUAACAGAAACAUGUGUUAUAUGAAGAAGACAUUUUAAUGUGCUUGAUUCUGAUAUAAAAUUGAUUUCAAAAGUAUUGAAAAAAAAAAAUAAUAAAAGGAUUUAAAACGUAAAAAAAACAAAGACUGUUUAAAAAACGUAUUUGUACAUUUAUAAUGUUUAUAAUGUUAUUUACUGAGUGUGCUAUCUACACCAACAUAAGACUGUGGAUCUUUAUUAGCUACAAAUAAUGUAUAUGUACUGUUGUGGAACCUUGUGAUUGUGUUAUCACUAAUUAUUCAGGAAAAAACAUGAUCAGUGAAAACAUUAUGUAUAUAGUUUGAUGAUUUGUGUAAUUUAUAAUUCAUCAUGCUCUAUAUCUCAUACUGUCUGUGUUGCCAACAGCCAGUCAAACCACAAGGAGUCAUAUGAUACACUGUCCCAAUCCGAGAACAGAAACUAUGAUCGAAGGGUCACUAUUCUUGGAGUCAUGUGAUAUAGGGUCCCAAUCAGUGAUCAGGGAAUAGGACUGAAGGGUCAAUAUUCUGGGAGUCAUGUGAUAACACAGUGUCCCAAUUUGUGAUAGGUACUAGGACAAUGGUCACAAGGCUUGGAGUGGUGUGAUAUAGGGUCCUAAUCAGUGGUGGAUGUGACAUGAUAUACAGUGAAGUAAUGAAAUCUGUGAUGAGGGACUAGGAAAAUGGGGUCAAGAGACUAGAGUCAUGUGAUAUAGGGUCCAAGUGGGUGAUCAAAGACAGAGACCCAUCAGUAAAGCUGAGAGUGACAUAAUAUAGGCAUUCAGUCAAUGAUAAGGGACAGAGGACCACCAGUUCCGUUGAGAAUCACAUGAUACAGGGAUCCCAUCAAUGAUAAGGGACAUAGUGCCAGCAUUAAAUCUUAGAGUGACAUAACAUAGGGAUCCAAUCAGUAAUCAGAAAGUAGAACCUCUAGUUAUUUAGUUUAACAGUAGUUUUGGAUCACUGAAAGAACUCGGUACAGGGUAAAGAUGCAGUUUGAAAUUCUGCUCCUGUUCUCAUUUCCUACUAGGACUCCUAAUGUGGUUAUUCCUUAACCAGUGACAUGAUGUAGGUAAGCCAGACAGGAAUAAGAUAUAGGCAAAUUCUUAUAUAUAAAUGCUUCUCAUGUGGUAUGACCUUAAGGGUCUAGAAUCCAACUAGGCCCUUUACAUUCACUUUUUGGGGGGAGGCCAUCACUCAAUUCUCAUGGUGCUUCGACCAGUAUUGGUCAUCGUUAACGGACAUAGAUUUAUCUUUCUCAAAAUCACUUCUUUUAAUCUUUCGUCAUGUUAACAUGGAUUUAUUGGGUUGUAUGAAAAUAGAAAAAAAAUGCUUUGUUAUUACUUUAAUUUCUAGAUAGUAGAUACUAUAAUUAAACAAUUGUACAUAAACAA